AUGGAGAUCGCGGCGGAGCCCGUGCGGCUCACGGAGGAGCAGCGCCGCCGCAUCGAGGCCAGCCGCCUCGCCGCCCUCGAGAGGCUCAAGCGCUCCGCCGCCGCCGCCGGCACCACCGCCGAGUCGUUCAGGCUCGCCAAGUGCCCAAGAAUCGCCCAUCCUCUGCCCCCGCGUCCGCCGCCGCAGCCGCUUCCGCCGCCUGCGCCCCCGACGGGGUUCCGGGCGGUGCUGGAGGUGUGCAGCCCCGACGAGUUCCAGGUGACGGUGGGCCGAACGGAGGGCAAGGCUUUCCCCGGGGAGGCCGACUGCCUCCGCGCCGUCGAGGACUGCGUCGCUUCGGCUGUACCAUUCUCCACAACACAAAGUCAAGGCGGGCAUAUUUCUUCUGUCUUUAAGCUUGUGCACUAUGAGCUGGUGUUGCAAUUCUUGAGGAAGUUGACUGGCGUUGUUGUGCAAGAUAUACCUUAUAGAACAAGGCGUGCUGUUCAAAAUGCUGGCACAAACUGCGGUUCUGAUAAAGAAGUUGACGAGCUUCUCAUGAAGCUGCCACGUCGAUUACGAGAUGCACUUCUACCCUUCCAACUUGAAGGUGUGAAAUUUGGGCUUCGGAGGCAAGGGCGCUGCCUUAUUGCAGAUGAGAUGGGGCUUGGCAAGACUCUCCAGGCAAUUGCAAUAGCUUGUUGCUUCAAGGACGAGGGCCCUCUAUUAAUAGUGUGUCCAGCUGUUCUGCGUUAUACUUGGGCGGAGGAAUUGGAACGCUGGGAUCCUUCAUUUCUUCCAAAAGAUAUUCAUCUUGGUACUGAUUCAGAGUUUCAUUAUUCAAGAGUUAAUUUUACUGAUGUCAAACCUGUGUUCGGUCGACGAGACAGUCUGGAAUAUUUAGAUUUUUGUCCGAAGGUCGUUGUUAUUUCAUACACGAUGUUAAGCAUCCUUCGGAAAAGUAUGAUUAAUAGGAGAUGGGCACUGAUGAUCAUUGAUGAAUCCCACAAUAUACGCUGCACAAAGAUGAAAGAAGAAAAUACUCAGACAAAAGCUGUACUGGAAAUAGCUCUCAAUAUCAACCGCAUUGUGUUGCUUUCUGGGACACCCUCUUUGUCAAGACCUUUUGACAUCUAUCACCAGAUAAAUAUGUUAUGUCCCCGUUUGCUUGGAGAUGAUAAAUUUGAAUUUGCAAAGACAUAUUGUUCACUGCAUGUUGCUCAAAGUUCCCAGGGUAAAAUUUACCAGGACUUUUCAAAAGGUGCUCGUUUGACAGAGUUAAAUGUUCUGCUCAGUCAGACUCUGAUGAUUAGGCGCUUGAAGGAGCAUUUGUUAAAUGAACUGCCGCCCAAGCGCCGGCAGAUCAUUAGGUUGAAGUUGAAGGCAUUGAAUAGCAGGACAGCCACCUCUAUUAUCCAAGGGGAUUACAAUAGCACAUAUAGUAGCUCUGAUGCUCCUAUAAUUGCCUCUUCUGAGAUAAGCAAUGACUGUGAAGAAGCAAAAGAGGGAAAAGAUGAUAGUUGCAAGAAAUCUCCAAGGCAUUUCUCCCCCCAGGAAAUUGGCAUUGCAAAAAUACCUGGGUUUAGUCAGUGGUUCUCAAAUCAUUUGAUGCAUGAUAAUCUGGACGCCCAGUCUAGUUGCCAGAAAACGCUAAUUUUCGCCCACCACUUGAAGGUUCUAGAUGGAGUGCAGGUGUUCCUCUCUGAGAAGGAGAUCAAGUUUGUUCGCAUCGAUGGCAGCGCACUUCCUAGAGAAAGGAAAGAAGCCGUUGAUUCUUUCCGUUUGAAUCCAGAGGUCAAGGUUGCAAUAAUAGGAAUUACUGCUGGUGGUGUUGGUUUAGACUUUUCAUCUGCUCAGAAUGUUGUUUUCCUGGAGCUCCCAAGAUCGUCUUCAGACUUACUUCAGGCCGAGGAUAGAGCUCAUAGGCGUGGUCAAACAAAUGCGGUCAAUAUAUAUAUAUUCUGCGCAAAGAACACAUCAGAUGAACCACAGUGGCUUCGCUUGAACCAGAGUCUGUUCCGUGUCUCGUCUGUGGUGAAUGGGAAGAAAGAUGCUAUAAGAGAAAUUGAGGUUGAUCAAGUUUACCACCUUGGGGAAAUCAGUAACACUAAGGAGAGACCAGAAAUUGAGUUUCUUCCGAAUUGUAAUGCAGGUCUUUUGGAAAGUGGCACUAUGUCUGUUGACCAUCUUCCUGGCAUCAGCGAUAUGGAGCUUGAGUCAGAUUUCACUAUUAGGACUAUUCCUCUACAGAUUGAGGAUGAAGGCCUUCAUUCAGGAAUGCAAUGUAGUCCAGGUCCAGCAGUACAUGAAGAUAUAGUCUGCAAUAGUUUUUCUAUUUCACCAGCUAUCUCUGGCUCUUCAAGUACACGAAGUAAAUCAAUGAAGGCUCGUAGGAGCUUUUGUGAAAAUCGUGAUACUUUAGGUCUUCCAGGAACUAUUUCAGAUGGCCGUAUUCGAGUGGAGUAUCUGCGUUUUGAGGUUAGCCAUCAUACAGGUCGAAUCCACUUGUACAUUUGUGUUCCAGGACAUGAUUCAAGACCCAGACCACUUUUUCAGAAUUUUCUUCCUGAAGAAGUAGAAUCACCUUUAUGCUCUAGUAGUGACAAGAAAGCAAGUAGGCAGCUCUUGAGUAAUCCAGCAUUUUGCAAUAUGUUCAAGGCAUUUGUAAAAGAAUGGUUAGAACUAAGACCAAUUGAUCAGAGGAAACUCCUGGGAAAGCCGUUACAGCUUCCAUUGAGCCUUGAGUUGUGCUAUUUGACAAAUAGCAUCAGCCACAGUACACAAGGAUUGAUUAAAGGGGGGAGUAAGAGGCGUAUAGCUCCAUUGAGUGUUGUCAGUGAUGAUUUGCCUGAAAAUGCUGAAUGGAGAAAGGUGGUUUUACGCCGUGGCACGACUAAAGAGAGAGAAUACACUCAAGGCUGGACUACUGAUGAUGAGCCUCUCUGCAAAUUAUGUCAAAAACUUUGCAAUGGGAAUCUUGCGAAAUCACCCGAAUAUUUUGAAGAUCUAUUCUGUAAGCUUGAUUGCUUCCGGUUGUACAGAUUGAGAACCAACCAGAGUGCCCUGCGGCAGGCACUGUUUCAAAUAGAACAUGGUAUAUGUUCCCAGUGCAAGCUUGACUGCUGCAAGCUCGUCAAACAUAUUAAACCCCUCAGCAACCCAAAGAGAGAAGCACACAUCAGGAGUGUUGCUCCAAAUAUUGCAUGUAGGAAGAAACUGCUAGCAAAGCUUGUCGAAGAGCCAACACAGGGAAAUGCUUGGCAUGCAGAUCAUAUAGUACCUGUGUAUAAAGGAGGAGGGGAAUGCACGCUCGAGAAUAUGAGGACGCUUUGCGUGGCUUGUCAUGCUGAGGUUACCAAAGCUCAGCAAAAGGAGCGAAAAGAAGCAAGAAAAGAAGAAAGAAGGAAGGCUGAAGAGCUUCUGAGAAAUGCCGUGAAUCAGCUGAAGGAUGAUGCAUGUGAAGCGACAGAAGACGACGAUUCUUGGUUGGUUACAGUCCCUGGCAGUGCCUACUCAGCAGUACCUCAGGCUCCUCGUACGCCCAGAAAAUAA